AUGACAACACUCCCAAGUUGUUUCGUGUUACAGUCCGGAGGUAAAUACUUGAGCCUAACGGAAAAUAUCCCAACUCCUAACCUACCCUCAGGGUUCUUGAAAUUUGAUGAAGAACAAAUACGGAGCCCGCGAACGAAGUUUGUAGCGGAGCCCGCUGCAGGAGCUGGCGGGCUGUUUCACAUAAGGUCGUUGUAUAACAAUAAGUAUCUGGUGACGAAACAAAUCGGGUCGAAAUCUUGGAUCGUUGCAUCCGCCGAGAAACCAGAGGAAGACACAUCCAAAGGAGCCUCGUGCACGUUGUUUCAGCCUCAUUCCUUGCCGGAUGAUGAUGAUCAAAGUAAAACAACCACUGUCCGCUUACGCCACGUUGGGACGGGGAUCUCCGCGACCCGUCACUCUAAUGAUGAUGAUGGUGUCGACGACAGUACCCAUCAAGGCGUGCUACUAUCCAGUACUAGUAGUGUUGCUCGAUCCUCUUUUGUUUUCACGGAUAGUAGUAGUGUGCUGGUCUUGCCUUCUCGAGUCGCGUUCAAAUCUGUAGACCUAAAUGGCAAUUACCUCGGCUCGGCUUGGCUUUAUGGUAAAUACAUGUAUCAGAGGUUCGAGGCCGGAUUGGAUAUCGGAGAUCAACGGGUGGCCAAUGAGCUGAUCCACACUAGUCCUCAGUCUGAGUACUAUCGUAUAAAGGACUUGUAUAAUGACAAGUUUUGGAAACUGGAGACAGGUAACUGGAUAAAGGCUGAUGAUGACUCCGGAAGGGAUUAUGACUGCUUAUUUUCAGUUGUCCACGUUCAAGACAAUGUUGUGGCUCUUCUCAAUAUGAACAGCGACUGUUACUGUGGUGCAUACACCGAGGGCGGUUCCGUCAACUGUUUACGCGCGGAAUAUCCUACUUUGUCAAAACAGACCAGGCUGAUCCUUGAGGAGGUUGUACUUCGAAGAGUGAUCAACGAUGUCGAUUACCGGCUGCCUGACUCAAGAGUUUACGAUGAGCAACCCAUAGAAGUUGACCAUCAAUUUGCGAGCAACUACUUGCAAACCGACAGCACAAUGACCCUCGAGUUUACCCCAAAGGAAUCCAGGACCACUAGCUGGAAUAACAGCGUUUCCAUCCAAUUUGGUGUAACGCUGUCGUUCGAAGUCUCUGCUGUACCAUUAAUUGAGAAGUCGAACGUCAGUUUGUCAUUCGAAGCUGGUUAUACGCAUGAGUGGGGAGGGGAAGUAACAACAGAAAGGGAACGAAAGAUGAGUUACACCGUUACGGUUCCGCCGUUAAAGACGGUCAAGGUGACGAUGUUGGCUACCACAGGUAAAUGCGACGUGCCCUUCUCUUACACUCAGCGUGAUCUUCUGCCGUCGGGUAGAUGGGAUGCAACUAGAAAGGAUGAUGGCAUUUUCAAAGGCAUCAACUCCUAUAACGUUCAUUUUAAAUCAGAGUAUGUCAACCCAGAUGAUGAUCACAAGGCUACUGCCGAUACUAAUAAAUGA